AUGUUUGGAUUGCUCGUUGUCUUGUUUUCUUUCCUGUGCGGUAUUUUUGAGAAAACACGUCUUAUUUGGUUCGCCACACUUCUUGGUCCUUUCGGAGCGCUUCUCAGGCAUUUUUUUGGAAAGCAGUUCAACGGCUGGCGAGGAUAUCCUCUUGGAACAUUUCUCGCGAAUAUUCUCGGGAGCAUUAUUUAUUCAAUACUCUUCGUUGUUAUCAGACGAAACACGAAUCUGACCGAAGAAGUCAACUCUUUCGAUCACUUGAAGUGGACUUUGGGAGGAGUUCUCACGGGAAUGAAUUCCUUGAUCACGCGAAACGCAGCUCAACAGUUUUCCUUCCAAAAAGUCCUCAGGUAUCAGAAGUUCAAGCUCAAAGAUUGGAAGUUUACCCGCGAAGCCGAAAAGAGACUUGAUAAGUUUCGAUUUCUUGUAUACGGUUUUACCCUGGGGAUUUCUUGCUUGUACGCGGCUCUCCACCAGCCUCAGAUAAACGCGCUCCCAGUUCUUUGGAAACUAUGGCGUGAGGAAGGAAUUUCACCGAAAAAUAUAGCCACCGAGUUCUUACUGACGAGCAGGUGUCCUUCCAUAUUCCCAAUCUUAUCCGACGAGCAACCUGCUGCAGGAGAUGCAGUUUUGGUCGAAAAAAUGAUGAACAAACGACACCGCUACGAGCCCAACAAAAUGCUAUUGUCUUCUUUUCGCGAGCCCAAAUCGGUGUUGAGGGUACUGGGAACUGAGGGUGAUACUGUCAGGAUACAGGGAUGCAAGAUAGAAAUCAGGAAGGAACAUUUGUGGCUUGGGACGGACGACACGGAUUUUCGACCAUUUUAUACGAAUCAAAGAUUAGGAUUUAUGUGGUUCUAUGAAAGAAUAAAAGAAACGAUGGAAUUCUACACAAAAGGAAGCAACCUGUAUCGAAAUCGGAACCUGAGAACAUCAAGAGAAUUCGGACAGAUUCAUCAAUCCUGUGUCCGCAAAAUCGCAGGAUUCUACGAUCCAGUCGAAGAGAAAGUUCUUUCAUAUGAAGAAGUUCUACAUUAUUUAAAUUUGCGGAUGCAUAAUCUUGGAGAGGACAAUCCAAAAGACGAAAUACAGGAAUUUUUCCCCUUCAAACCAUUCAUUCUUCCUGAAAGUGAGAAAAUACAUCUAAAUUCGGGAGCAGAUAUUCCUGGGACAGAUGAGAAGCAUUUCAAAAAUCAAUUCUCUAGCCUUUCAGAAAAUUCUCCUGUUUACUAUAAGAAAAUUUAUAAAUAA